CUGAUUUUUAACGACGUGAUUUGGAGGCAGGCCCCAUCAGUGUUCACCAUGUCGCGGAGAGGAACAAGUGCCCUAUGGUUGAUUGGCGCUGUACUGUUGGGAUUGGUAUGGCUGGUUGCUGGUGAAAAAAAUGCUGUAUGUUACUACGGAUCGUGGGCAACGUACCGCCCUGCACGAGGACGGUUUGAAGUCGAAAAUAUCAAUCCGCACCUGUGCACUCAUUUGGUGUAUACCUUCUUCGGAUUACAUGCGAACGGAACGAUCCACGUUUUGGAUCCGUGGCUAGAUUUGGAGGAUAACUGGGGUCGAGGUAACAUCAAAAGGUUUAACGAGCUGAAAAAUAUCAAUCCUCGCUUGAAAACCCUAGCUGCAAUUGGUGGUUACAACGAGGGAUCAGAAGAUUUCUCCAAGGUAGCUGAUAGCGCUGAUUUGCGGCAUGUUUUUGCUGAAGAUUGCAGAGACUUUUGCUUGAGACAUGGCUUCGAUGGGGUCGAUAUCGAUUGGGAAUAUCCCAGCACGGCUGAUAGGACCAAUUUCGUUUUAUUGCUAGCUGAUUUACGACAAGUGCUUUCCGAAGCCGGAUUGAUGCUGACGGCAGCCGUUGCUGCACAUGUAGACCAAGCGGCUAUCUCGUACGAUAUUCCGUCUAUCUCGGUGCUGUUGGAUCACAUCAAUUUGAUGGCGUAUGAUUUCAAUGGCGCAUGGAACAGUGUAACGGGUCACAAUGCACCACUUUUUGCGGGUCCUGCGGAUGUAACGGACUUCCAGCGGACGUUGAACGUCGAUUACAGUGUGCGAUACUGGCUGGGACAGGGAGCUCCAGCUUUUAAAAUGAACGUCGGAGUUGCGUUUUAUGGAAGAACCUUUACACUCGCGAAUACGGCACUCAGUGGACUACAAGCUCCGGCGAUUGGACCUGGACUUGCAGGACCAUAUUCCCAACAAGAAGGUUGGCUUGCUUAUUUCGAGAUCUGUACUAAUUUUCCAAUAAACGAUUGGAUUCGUCACUGGGACAACGAUCAGCGAAUACCGUUUGGAGUGAAGGGCGAUCAGUGGAUUGGCUAUGAUGAUGUGGAGUCAGUCCAACAAAAGUGCGAUAACAUCCAUCAACAUAACUUAGGAGGUGCAAUGGUGUGGUCCAUCGAUCAAGACGAUUUUCACGGCUAUUGUGGCGUACAAUAUCCCCUUUUGUGGACUCUUGAACGAUGCUUUAAUUGAUAUUCAAUUAAAAUUAAUAC